AUGUCGGACAGUGGAGAGAGACGACGUCCCCCGACCGAGCCGGUCAACGUUGAACCCCGGGAGAAGGAUCCACAGGCAGAGCAGUUGCCGGCUACAGAAGAUGACGGUGGCAACGAGGAUGACCCAUCGAGCAUGACCGCUGCUGCAGAUGCGGCGAACCGGAGUAGCAAGCGAGGUAAAAUCGGCCGCCGGGCAUGCGACGGCUGCAAGGUGCGCAAGAUACGAUGCUCCGAGCUCCCGCCUUGCGAGCGCUGCGUCAAGAUCGGCAUUGCAUGCACCUUUAACCAUGUACAGGCCCUACGCGGCCCGCGCUCUCUGCGCGAGAAGACCAUACGCCGGAUCAAGACGGUACAGGAGGCACCUUCUGCACAACAACAACAACAACAACAACAACAGCCACAGCAGCAGCAGCAGCAGCAGCAUACCGCUGACGAGCCAAGACUCUCCACAUCACCUGUCCAGCAAAAGUCUCCAACCACACUCCUGUCGACGCUCGUCUACCUGCUUUGCACCUACCGUCUCCGACUAUUCUCAGUUUGGCCCAUAGUGGCCGUCGAGGAGGUCAUGGCCGAUCUGCACCGCAACGCCGAGGACCUAUCGACCUACGCGCUGGCCAACGCCAUCGCGGCCGCGACCGUGGCGCAGCUCAAACUUGACUGCGACGGGCAGACGCCAUCUUCGUCGACCCUCGAGGCCGAGGCGCGCCGAGCGCGGAGGGCCAUCAUCGACGGCCAGGGCGACAACGACGACGGCGACAACGACAACGACGAAGAAGAGCCCCUGACGAGCCUGGACUCGCUCCGCACUACCUUCUUCCUGCACAUAUUCCACGAGAACCAAAAGCCCGGUGGCGCAAAGUCGCUCAUGUACCUGCGCGAGGCUAUCACCAUCGCUCAGAUGAUGCGGCUUCACGACGAGGCUUCCUACUCGGGCUCCUCGGGUCACGACCAGAUGAUGCGUAGGCGGAUCCUGUGGCUGCUUUUUGUCACCGAGCGGGGCGUCGCCGUCCUGCACGGCCUGCCCGUAGUGUUAAACCCCAGUCCGAAUGCGCGUUUUCCAUCCCUCGGCGGUUUCGGAGACAGGAAGAGGGCGGGCGAAGAAGAAAAGGAUGACGAGGCCCACAUCCUCCCGGCGUUUAGGAAGCUCAUUGAUCUCUUUUGGAUAUUCGACAGGUCUGGGGCGUUUGAAAUGCUCGGUGAGUCUGGUGGUAGCAACACCCCGACAAGACCGGUCGGGGCAGCAGGCACUCCAAUGGGGGCUGUUCCCGAUGCCGCAGACACACCGCCGGCCGAAUCCAACUCGAACAAGCUGCAGAGGUGUUUUGCGCUGCUCAGGCAACACCAGUUUCACGACGACCAGCAGGCCGAGUCUAACCCAAGCGACGCCGGCGUUGAUCCUCUCGGCGAUGUGCAAAAGGCAGAUGUCCUGGUCACGCAGCUGUGGAUGCAAGCUGUGUUGUGGAAGCUGUUGCUGAGGCGACGACCACAACAUCGACUGUCGGAAGCACUAGUACACACUCAGCCCUUGCAGAUUGCAACCGACUUGAUUAGGAUAGUCGACUGUCUGCCGGCCGCAGCUCUAGAGUCUCACGGGCCGACGAUGGAGCUCAAGAUAUUCGAUAUUGCCAGCGCCGUGGUUGACCAGCUGUCAAUGUCGAGCAACGCGAGAGCUGCGUGGCACAGUGGUCGUGACAGCGCCGAGGGGAUCCUUUCCGAGUUGCAACGAAUUCUCAGCGGCUGUCGAGGUGGAAACACAAAACUUCUGGCCCUUCUUCGGGACAAGAUCGAGGCUCAGAAAAGUUAUGUAGGCCACGACAGAUGCGUCAUAGACCAAGGUCCCGGGUUGAGACAUUCCAACCGAUUCGGUACCAUUUUCGAGCACCACGGACCAUCUCUGGGCCACGGUCAAGUUCUCAGCUACCAAGAAAGCUUGGAAGGAAGAGUCCGAGAUGCGUUCGACAACAGCUCGAGGGCUCAGCUUUACAACCCAGUCGGGCAAGGCUUACAUAUGACGCAGGUCAGCGCGGGCGAUAUGCUCCUCGGCAUGUCCAGCGACGUCGAGGGUCUUCAGGUGCCUAUAGACGGGAUGGCGGACUCUGGAGCGGCACUGUUUGCCGAGCUGGCAUCGAACGGGGGCUUUAUGUGGGAUGGGAACCUUUCCGGUGAUCGGAUAGGUGUAUGGCCUGCAUGUGUGCCAAACUAG